AUGCUGAGCCCCAAGCACGAAGCUUGCAUGGACGACAUUGAGGUCGACUACAACGACUUUGUCGAGCUCGGCAACGCCAUGUCGUCUGUCGGUGUGGUGCACGAGGCGUUCGUCUACGACGGUACGUCCGGUACCCUGCAUGCCAUCAAUCACCCGUCGCUCGACGACGAUCGUGUCAAGAUGGAACCUCCAUCGGAUGCAUCGUCGUUCUCUUACCAAGCCUUUCUGGGAGAUGGGAAUGAUGUCGCGACGCCGCCCAGGAAGCGAGAGCCGACGUGCGACUACCCUACGUGCAAGCGCGCACCAUCCGGCGGCACGACUCGUUGCAUCAGUCACGGUGGCGGCAAGACGUGCGGGGUCGAUGGCUGCAACGUUGCGGCGCAGUCGCUCGGCUGGUGCAAGAAGCACGGCGGUGGUCCGCGCUGCACUGUCGACGGCUGCACUAAGAGCGCACAAGGCCACGGCAAGUGCAAGGCGCAUGGCGGUGGCACACCGUGCGCCGAGCCGGGCUGCCACAAGCGUGCGCAGCGCGGCCAGCGCUGCGGCGAGCACGGCGGCUUUGUCCUGUGCGCGACGCCCGAGUGCACCCGGAAAGACCGUGGCGGCGGCCUCUGCAACGUCCAUCGCAAGCCGUUCGAGUGCCAAGUCCGGAGCUGCAAGCGCCUUGGCAAAGUCGACGGCAUGUGCACGCAGCACUACAAGGAGUUCGACAAGAGCGACAAGACUGCUCCCAACGACGGCGCCUUCUUCUUGUAG